CCACAUUAAUUCAUUCAAUUCAAUCUCUUUAAUUUGCUGCACUACACCAUGCACUACCUUUUCUUUUCAUUCAUUCGUCUACAUGCUUUUUGCAGUGACUCCCCUUUCAGUAAAAACCUCUUCCUAAUUACAUAAAUAACUUUCCCUUUUCUUUCUUUUGGCCCCUCUCUAUAAACUCUACCCACCUUUUCACCCUUCAAACACCUUCUUCAUCAUUCAUUCAACAAUUAAAAUAAUAUAUAAAAAUUUUAAGGUAAGUAAUAUUAUUUAACCUAUUUUUUAUUUACUACACCAUCACAAUCAUUCUCUUCUUCUCUUCUUCUCCAUUUAGCCACUAUAUAUACGUAUGAGUUAAUUUAAAUUAUUUAUAAUCAGAAUCAGGUGUUUCUCUCGUUCUCCUCUCUCUUUUCUGUGUUUGAGAUUGAGUAUUUCUUAUAUUCGUUUUAAUGAAUAUUAUUUUAUCUGAUGUUUGAUCAUGUCAAAUAAAUUCUUUCUGUUGUUUGAAUUCGAAUAUCUUUUGUAUUGAAUCUGAUUAAUUUUUUAAUCUUGAAAACCCUUUUAUUAUUUUUUUUUUCUUCUUCUCUUUUAGCUAAUUAAAGUAUCAAAUCAAUAAAGACACACAUCACCAUCUAGCUAGCUAGAUCCAUCAAAAUUAGAAUCUAGCAUUUCAUAUUUUUCAUAUAUAUAAAUAAUUGUUUAUGUUCAUGGAAAAUAACCUAAAUAAUUCUAGUAGUGCAUUCACAAGCACUUGGAAUCUUGAGAAAAUGGAAGCAAAUGAACAAAACCAUAUUAUUCUACAACAAGAUCAUCAUCAUCAUCAUCAUGAACAACAUCAAAUUCCUAUGAGUAAUUCUUCUGGGAUUUGGCCAGCAAAUAACUACAACAACAUGAUGAUGGCAGCACCACCACCACCACCACCAUCUUCAUCAGGUUCACUCAGUGACAUAUUAGGGAUCCACCAAAUCGAAGAGGUUGAAGAACAAGAAGAAGAGUUAGGAGCUAUGAAGGAAAUGAUGUACAAGAUUGCUGCUAUGCAACCGGUGGAAAUCGAUCCGGCAACAAUUCGUAAACCGAAGCGGAGAAACGUUCGAAUCAGCGACGAUCCACAAAGUGUUGCUGCUAGACAUAGAAGAGAAAGAAUCAGUGAGAAGAUUCGUAUCCUUCAAAGACUUGUUCCUGGUGGAACUAAAAUGGAUACAGCUUCUAUGCUUGAUGAAGCCAUUCGUUAUGUGAAGUUCUUGAAGAAACAAAUUAGGUUGCUUCAAUCUACUCCUCAAAAUCAACAAUAUCAAUUACCACUCUCAUCACAAUGCAUUAAUUCUACUCCUCCUCCUAAUGCUUUGUUGUUAUCUCCUUCUUGUGACAUCGUCUGGCCUUUUGCACCAAAUCUACUACUCACUUCCACAGCGGCCGCAUCGAUCGACUUGCCAUCCGGAAUACAGUUUAACGCCGGAGAACAUUCUCAUCCGCAUCCGCAUCCGCAUCCACAUUCACAUUCACAUAUCCAUGCUUGUGAUGGCUCGUCAAGCUUUAACCAUCAUGAGGUAAUUAGUGAGUAAUUAGUUAAUUAGGUUAAAUUUAUUAUACUUAUAAUUUUAUGUAUUUGUAUGAAGUUUUCAUUAGCGGAUUCUAGAAAGGAUUGAUGUAUUUGUAAGCAAUCUUAUCAUCGAAAACGGUGAAAUUAUUUUCAAGAUUUGAACAUUUGAUCUCUGCACAUCAAAAAGUAGUAAUCUUAUCGUCUACUAAGAUUCGCAGAGAUCAAAUUUAUGUACAUAUAUAAAAUAUUAAUUAGAGAUGUGUUUAAUAUUUGAUUAA